AUGUUAUAUUCAGAGCCACUAAAUAUUCUCAUCGUCCUCGCCUUCUUAUCGCUUGCCCAGGGAAUUGAUCUAUCAGGUGAUUGAAAACUUACAAAAUUAACAGCAGAAACGCUAUCUCUUGGUUUUGCCGAAGCUCAAAGUGGCAAUUCUCCUUAUAUAGCUCCAGAUAUUUAUGUGAAUAUAGACGCAUAUGUUAGCUGCAGCUCAAUAAGCCUAGCCGGUGGCCAAGCCUGGAGUUUAACAGCAGAUGCUACCAGCAUACUCUCUUCAACUUCAGAAUACGCAUUUGGAUUUUGGGUAAACUUUGAAUCAACUAUUAGCAAUAAAGUUUUUCAAUUCGGGAGCUUUGGCGCACAUUAUUUUGUCUCAUCAACUACGGAUGGCACCUUAAAAGUUUCCUUCAUUUCAGCUACUAACAUGCUUGAUCCAGUUAAUGACUUUUCCUUCACUGUCCCUUUAAGUAAUUUUUAUACAGACAAGUGGCUCUUUAUUAUGUUUCACUUUACAGAUAACUCAGGCACCGUGACUUUGGAAGUUAUUUUACCCGGCACGGCCCCAAUUUCUAAAACUUCAGUAAGCGCUUUUGUUGCUUUUACUAUGCCUGGCGGGCAAUUUUAUUUUGGAAUGUCAGUUAAGGGAAAGUUUUAUAGCAAACCCCUCGUGGUUGCUCGCCAUUUAGUCUCCCCUCCCUAUGUUUACCCACCCCCUGACGGCCCUGAAAAUUUUAAAUGUUAAAAUAUUAUUUGACAAGUCCCCCUCAAAUAUUUUUAACUUGUCAAAUUAAUAUUUAACAUGCUAAAAUAUUUGGGACCGAUAGGGGGUGGGUGGCAUGGGAGGGGGUGUUCAAGGCCGAUCCAAAACCGGGUGUAAGCUAUAUAGGGUUGUUCUUACAAAGACGGCUAUCAUAAAUGCAUCGUAUGAUACAGUAACAUUAGAAGAUUAUAGCUCAAAUCAGGAAGUUCAAGCAACGCCUUGCACUGCUGGAACUUGCAUUGAUGAUAUAUGCCUUCAAGGUAUGGGAAAAAUAUGCUUAUCAUCAAUGCAGUAUUGCACGGCUUGUGAUGGCAGCGGAUGCACUACUUGCGAUCCUGAUUCAGCUAGAGAUAAGGGAGCUUAUUGCCAAAAUUGCAUAGAUGAUGGCACUACUAAUGAACUUAAAAAUUAUCACUGUAAUUUCUACUUAGGUUGCGCAAUAGCCAAUAAAUGUGUUGAAUGCUCAAAAAAAAGCACUCAAUGCGAUAUAUGUGCAGCUGGAUACUUCCUUAACGAUGAUAGUGCCACUUCAACAUCUUGUCUUUGUAAGAUUUUAUUUAGCUUGUGACAGCUCCUGCACUACUUGCCUGCCAGGUCCCAAUUGCUAUACUUGUGCUACAACAAUAACUCAAACAGGAACUAAUUGCAGGGUUGAUUCUUUCGGAUUCGAAGUCAGCGUCGAUCUUCCGAAUAUCGUGCUUGACUUUGCUCAUCCGCUUAAAACUGGGCUGUCAAUAAGUUCAUUUACAGCGGCUUCAGCUUCAGGCUCAAAUAUUCCAACAGCUACAUGGACUUUGGUUGGCUGCACAGCAGGCUUGAAACAAUGCAAAGUUGGAGCUCCCAAUGUUCUGGAAAGUGAUCUUCCAAUCACACUUAACCUCGAGUUUACUCAAGCUUAA